CAGAGUGGAACUGAAAAAAACAGCCCAACCAUGUUGGAGGAGGACAUGGAAGUGGCCAUCAAGGUGGUCGUGGUCGGCAACGGAGCUGUCGGCAAGUCCAGCAUGAUCCAGCGUUACUGCAAAGGCAUCUUCACUAAGGACUACAAAAAGACCAUUGGAGUGGACUUUCUGGAAAGGCAGAUACUUGUGAAUGAUGAAGAGGUUCGACUAAUGCUGUGGGACACUGCUGGGCAGGAGGAGUUUGACGCUAUCACCAAGGCCUACUACCGUGGUGCCCAAGCAUGUGUGCUAGUUUUCUCAACCACCGACAGGGAGUCGUUUCAGUCUAUUGACAGCUGGAGGGAGAAGGUGGAAGCAGAGGUCGGAGAUAUUCCCACAGUUCUAGUGCAGAACAAAAUCGACCUGCUGGAAGAGACUGUUAUAAAAAGUGAGGAGGCAGAAGCUUUGGCUAAAAGACUGAAGCUGAGAUUUUAUCGUGCUUCAGUAAAAGAGGACCUUAAUGUCAAUGAGGUUUUUAAGUACUUAGCUGAGAAGUAUCUUCAGCGACUCAAACAGCAAACAGCAGAAGAGACGGAGGUGGUCCAUACAACAAGCAAUAAAAUAGGUGUUUUUAAUACCACAAGUAGUAAUGUCUGCAACCAGAGCUCCAGCAACGGCAGAGAAAUCAUCACUUUGCGACCUAACAAACAAAGGACCAAGAAGAGUAAAAAUCCUUUUGGAAGCUGCAGCCUACUCUAGAUAAAGUCACCUUAGUGACUGACUGUUGUUUCUGAGAAUAGGUUGGUCAUUCUUGUAGUCACACUUAGAGACCAAAGCCCAUACAGACUCUAUACUACUUUAAUAGGUUUAAUGUGACUUCUAAGUUGUUUUUCUGCACAUUGAUGAUUGAAUUUCCUUUGAUUCAGCCUUGGGUCUCUGUGAACGAUCUGUCGACGUUUCUACUCACGUGUCUCCUCCUUGUGGUUGCCUUAAGUAACAGCAACAGCUGCAGCUACAGCGCAUGCAUGUUGUGUCAUUAGUUUAAUGACACCCAAAAAAAUGAAGAGGAAAAAAAAAAAAGAAGGUUUUUACAGUCACCCAAUUCUUGUUUUUGACAUUUCAACUGUGCAAUAUGUUUGCAUGUAUUGUAGAAGAUACACAGAUUAUUUUGUACCAUAUUUUUAUAGUCUGUCAACAGAAUAUGGUUCAAACUAUACUGUUUAUCGUGGACAAAACGCUAUCGAACCCAGAGUUAAUUCUCUGUGCAGAAGUAUUUUUGUACAACAGUGUUGAGUGAUAUUUUCACUGAGGUGUUAACAUAGUGCCAAAUUUCCUCUUUCUGAGCUGUGGUUAAAUAUUAAUACUGCAGUGAUAUGGAUGUAACAUGAAAUUAGCAGAAUGUGCUCCUAUGUAUAACCAAAUAUCAAUAACCAUUGACACAAAAUAGUCCUCUAUAUGUCUGCUUACACUCUACUUAUCUACAGAUUUGUUAACCAAAUUGUAAGAAUUUCGCAAAGUCUAUGAGUUUGUGAAUUAAUGAAACUCUUUGAGUCAUCGCACAUGACACAGUUAUAGCACUAUGUUUUUGAUUGCAGUUUACAUUUUGCAUAUUUCAUGUUUAAUAGCGCUUUUCUUUCAGUUUGGUACAGCUUUGAGUGACUGAUUGUUCAGCCUCAGAGUGAAUACGUUUCAGUACCUGUAUUCAUAGUUCUAACAUUUCAAACACUAAACAUGGUACAAGAUUUUGGUUUAUAUUUUUCUUUUGUUCAGCUUCUGUAGCAUCUAAUUCAAUCUCUAUUUUGUAAAUAUCAUUCUCCACCUUUAUGAUGAAGGGGGGGAGGGAUGAAAAGGAGUGGGAUCAGAAAGUUGAAAAAGGCUAAAAGCUCACUGCUCAGUGGUGUCUGUCCCUGUGGUAGAAAGUCUUGCUGUCUGAAGGUACAAAAACUUGACCACCAGGACCAAGAUAUUUUGCUUGUGUGUAACUGAAUAUGCAAGAAAAUUGAGUUUCUUCUCACUCCAUGAGGGUACUCGAACUCCCAAACACUCAACACUCAUACAGCUAGCUGGAGCUGUAUGUCAUUGCCUUGUCUGCAUUGAGCCUUUUUAAUAGAUUGAAAGACAUUGGUUUACCAAGCACAAAGAAUUGUGGAAAAGUCAAAAAUUCUGACCAUUUCCUGAAUAAUAAAACAAAUCAAAGUAUUAUACAUCAAAUUAUAAUACACAGGACAUGUGGGAAUACAUCUGCAUGCAUGUUUUGGUCUUUUUAAAAACAUUUUUAGAUCUCUGUCGGGAGCCUUUCCCAGAUUUAAAUGAACUUGAUUCCCAAGAAGUUGAAACAGGACUGAAUUCUUCAUUUUUUCACGUCAUAGUUUGUUGUGAAAACCCCAACAGGUGCUUAAAAUGUGUUCCAGCUACACUAAGAUUGUGUCACAUUUCAAGCUUUCUCAUUUGGUUGUGCUGUCUUAGGAAAAAAAAAAAAAGAAAAGGAAAAAAAAAGCGUGGCAUAGCUGUGCAUGCAUCAGUGACUGCCCAACCAUGGUUGCAAUGCCACAAUGCCUUGUCCAUGUUUACAUUCUCCACCACUGACCAGCAGUAAGCGUUUUAAUCCCUAGUCUUACUGUUCGUUUAAAAAUUGCCUGCACACUAAAUCUGUAAAUAAUUCUUCCUCAGACUUUCUCUUAUUUGUAACAUUGUGUUUACUUUGCUUUGUGACUGAAUGAAUUUAGCGCACUUUAUCAUUAAGAUGGCAUAUAAUCUUCAAGAACCAUAAGUUAAAACUAACCAUACUUAUGUGCUGUCACUCAGGUGUUGUAAUAAUCUGUGUCUUACUGUUACUACUACUUUUUCACACAUGACUUCAUAAAACAAAUUUUACACAUUUAGAUAGACAAACCGACAUAUGUACGCUUUCAGUCUGACAAAAACAAUACUCUCUGUUGGAUUUUUUUGUUUUAACAGUUAAAAAUGUAUCACAACUUGAGGUGUGCACCUGAUGUUCUGUUUGGUGGGGAAAGUUGCUGGUAAUCUUACAUAAAUAAAACUUUUCUUUUUCUCUUGGGAA